AUGGCAGCGGCAGCAGCCGACGCAUCAUCAGCAGAAGCACCGCCGGCGCCGGCGAGCCGGGUGGUGUGGGUGAACGGGCCGAUCGUGGUGGGCGCGGGGCCAGCGGGGCUCUCGAUGGCGGCGUGCCUGCGCGCGCGCGGGGUUCCCUGCGUCGUGCUGGACCGCGCCGACUGCAUCGCGUCCCUGUGGCAGCGCCGCACCUACGACCGCCUGCGCCUGCACCUUCCGCGCCACUUCUGCGAGCUCCCCGGGAUGCCGUUCCCGGACCACUACCCGGAGUACCCCACCAAGCGCCAGUUCGUCGACUACCUCAACGCCUACGCGGAACAAGCGGGCGUCCAGCCGCGGUUCAACCAAGCCGUCACGUCCGCGCGCUACGACGGCGCCGCGGGGCUCUGGAGGGUGCGCGCCGAGGACGCCGAGGACGCCAGCGCCGCCGCCACAGAGUAUAUUGGGCGCUGGCUCGUUGUCGCCACGGGCGAGAACGCCGAGCGCAUCGUCCCGGAGUUCGAGGGCGCGGAGGACUUCGCGGGGCCUGUUUCGCACGUCUCCGAGUACAAGUGCGGCGAGGCCUACCGCGGCAAGCGCGUCCUCGUCGUCGGGUGCGGGAACUCCGGCAUGGAGGUCUGCCUCGACCUCUGCGACCACAAUGCCCUCCCAUCCAUGGUCGUCAGGGACGCGGUGAGCACGCACGACACGACGCACCGACCACUCCAUCCAUCACUCGAUUAUUUCUCUUUGGCUGACUCGAUCGAUUUCUUUCUCGCCAAGAAGGUGCACGUCCUGCCGCGGGAGAUGUUCGGCGUCGCCACCUUCUCCGUCGCCGUCUUCCUCCUCCGCUUCCUGCCUCUCUGGCUGGUGGACGCCAUCCUCGUCCUCCUCGCGCGCCUCUUCCUCGGCGAUCUCGACAAACUCGGCAUCCGCCGCCCGCCCGGGGGCCCGCUCGAGCUCAAGAACGCGAGGGGCAGGACCCCCGUGCUCGACAUCGGCGCGCUCGCCAGGAUCCGCUCCGGACACAUACAGGUCGUGCCGGGGAUCAGGAGGUUCUUCCGCGGCGGCGCCGAGCUCGUCGACGGCCGACGCGUCGCCGCCGACGCGGUCAUACUGGCCACCGGCUACCACAGCAACGUCCCUCAGUGGCUCAAGGGAAGUGAUUUCUUCACCGAGGAAGGGUACCCAAGGGUGCCGUUCCCACACGGCUGGAAGGGGGAGUCAGGGAUCUACUCUGUUGGCUUCACCAGGAGAGGCCUCUCCGGCGUCUCCUCCGACGCUGUCAAGGUUGCGCAGGACAUCGCCGUGGAAUGGGAGAAGCAAACCUCCACAAGAUGA